AAUUAUAUUUUAUAUAUUUUUAAUUGAUGUAAAAGGAUUCCAAAGUUCUCAACACUUCAAGAACCCAAGAAAGAAAAAUAAUUUUCCAAACCAGUGAAUUAUUUUAUAAUUAUAAUUGAAAGAAAAUAUUGCGUUUCUUGGAAAGGGUACGAAAUGUAUAAUUUCAGAAGUAAUGAGAAUAAGUUUGUAUUUAGCUUACUGGUUCCUUUGCAUAGGAACUGUAAAGGGUGAACAUGAAAAAGCUAGUGUGAGCACAGAACUUGGAAAUAUUACUGGUCUAUUGGUUGGUAAUCAGUAUAGAUUCUUGGGAAUACCAUAUGCUGAACCCCCACUAGGAGAUCUCAGAUUUAAGCCUCCUAAACCUGGAGGAACAUUUGAAAACCUGGAAGCUACAGCUUACGGAGCAAUAUGUGUGCAGAUAAGCUUUGACUGGGAUUCUAUUGGAGAGAUUAUUGGUGAAGAGGAUUGUUUGUUUCUAAAUGUUUUUACACCCCAGAUCCCUAAACCUGGCACUCAUCAGGCACAUCUCCGCCCGGUCAUGUUUUGGAUUCAUGGAGGUGACUUCUCCGUUGGAUCCAGUAAUCAAUACGAUCCAUCAGAUUUAGUCAAACAGGACAUUGUUGUUGUUACUUUUAACUACAGGCUUGGGGCCUUCGGAUUUCUUAAUUUUGGUAACACAGUCUUAAGUGGAAAUAUGGGUAUCAGGGAUCAAAUUCAAGCAUUAACAUGGACCAACAAAUAUAUUAAAGGAUUUGGGGGAGAUCCUAGUAAAAUAACUAUAUUUGGGGAUAGUGCUGGUGGAAUAAGUGUACACGCCCUUCACCUCUCUCCACUGGCUGAAGGUAUGUUUGUAGGUGCAAUUGCUCAAAGUGGAUCAAUGCUCAAUAUUAGAUGUAUCCCGGAAAUUUCUAAAGACUGGAGAAUUUCUGUGAAUUUAGCAAAAGAAUUUAACUGUUCAAGUCUGUUGUUGGAUUUGGCAAUGUUAGAUUGUCUGCAGUACCUUUCAUAUGAAAGGCUUCAGACAGCAACUGGUGAAUUUAAAAUGGAUGAUUUUAAAUCAAACUUCGGCCAAUCAAUAUUCUGGCCUUCUACUGAUGAGUUUUCUUCAAACCCAGUAUUACCUAUUGAUCCUUUGAAGGCGGUUUUGAUGGGAAGUUUUAACAGAGUUCCACUUUUGACAGGAACGGUAAAUAAUGGGGGAGAAACUGCUGUAAUAUUUGCAGAGUCUUUGGGACAAAAUUUAGAUGAAUUUUGGAAAGCUAAUGCUCCGAUUUUUCUUCAGGUAUCUCACACCUGUAAUAGUUCAGAGAUAUCUGAAGAUGAUCUACUUCGGGCAGAUGUUAUACUUAACUACUAUACUGGAGGUUCCCUUAACCUCAAUGCUACCAGAGAUAAAUGGUUGACUAUGUUGACUGAUACCCUGUUUCUGAGCUCUGACCAGCAGCUAGCUGAGCUUGUCUCUAGACAUGUUAAUGUUUACAACUACCUGUAUAUUCCUCCCUUAUAUUCAGAGGAUAUAUCAUUCUUCUUCAAUAAUACGGACUACAAGGAGAACCAAACUCCUUAUGAUAAAUCUCUGACUAGAAUAAUGAUUAGAUAUUGGGCUAACUUUGCCAAGUAUGGAACCCCGUCACCAACUAUCAGUGAUAUAUUAAGAUCUAAGUCCUAUGUAGAUCAGCUGAUUGCAGUAGAAUCAGCUGUUAAACAUCUGAUUAAACUUGAAUCAACUGUUGAUCAGAUACUCAACAAUCAUAAUGAAACCACAAAUCUUGAUAAAAAUGACAUUUUAAAGAAAAAUCAUAUACAGUUAGCUCAAUGGACACCAUACUCAACAGAAAGAAAUUAUAUGGAGCUAAGUGCUGCACCACAAAUGAAAAAGAAUAUUCAUCCACAAAGAAGAUUUUUCUUAGAAAGUUUAAUCUGGACAGAAAGGGAAAGUCUGAUUGGGAAGAAUUUUCUGCGAAAGGUUGCGAGUAAACCAUAUCAUGGAUUCAUGGUUAAUUAUUUUAUUGAAAACUUGAGAAGAAAUUUAGAUCAGGAAGAAACGUAAAAAUAAAUUUAUUACCUAUGUA